AUGUCAAACCCCGCUGUGUUAGCUGCCGCUGCCGCCUCCCAACCUAAUAUGAGCGUCAACUCGAGUAAUAACCUGGUGGUCGGUUUGCACUACAAGAUAGGCAAGAAGAUCGGAGAAGGCCUGUUUGGUGUGCUCUUUGAGGGCUCCAACAUCAUCAACGGCGUCGCCGUGGCAAUCAAAUUCGAGCCUAGAAAAACAGAGGCGCCCCAGCUUCGGGACGAAUACAGAACUUACAAGCACUUGCAAGGAUGUGAGGGGAUCCCCAACGCCUACUACUUUGGCCAGGAGGGCUUGCACCUGAUUUUGGUCAUUGACCUAUUGGGUCCUUCGUUGGAGGACUUGUUUGACUGGUGUGGCCGCCGCUUCAGCGUCAAAACAGUGGUGCAAGUGGCCAUCCAGAUGAUAGACUUGAUCGAGGAGGUGCACCGUCACGACCUCAUCUACAGGGACAUCAAGCCCGACAACUUCUUGAUCGGGCGCCAGGGCUUUCCCGACGAAAACAAGGUCCACCUCAUUGAUUUUGGCAUGGCCAAGCAGUACAGAGACCCAAGAACGAAGCUGCACAUCCCCUACAGAGAAAAGAAGUCCUUGAGUGGUACCGCCCGUUACAUGUCCAUCAACACACAUUUGGGCCGCGAGCAGCUGAGAAGAGACGAUUUGGAGGCUCUCGGUCAUGUGUUCUUCUACUUCUUGCGUGGCCAGUUGCCUUGGCAGGGUUUGAAGGCCCCUACCAACAAACAGAAGUACGAGAAGAUUGGCGACAAGAAAAGAACUACGUCUGCUACGCUCUUGUGCGACGGCUUGCCUCGCCAGUUUGCCGAAUACUUGGAUGCCGUGCGUUCCUUGCCCUUCGAGGCUGAUCCAGCCUACGAGGAAUACAGAAUGUUGUUGCUCUCUGUGUUGGACGACUUGGGAACCCACUGCGACGGCAACUUCGACUGGAUGAACCUCAAUGGCGGCAAGGGCUGGGACGCUGCCAUCAACAAAAAGCCAAACUUGCACGGAUACGGCCACCCCAACCCACCUAACGAGAGGGAUAGACGCCACCGUGACCAGCGUAGAAACAGAGCUCACCACGGCCAGACUACGGCUGGCCAGAUCCCCGCCUCUGCUGCCAACAACAACUUGAACGGCGUCCAAGGCCAGCUGCAACAGAUGUCGGCUGCUCAGACCCAUCAACAAAAGUUGCAGCACCUCAUCAACAGACCAUUACCACCCAUCAAGCAGGAGACGCCAGCCCGCCUGAACAUGGCAGUCAACAUGCAAGGCUCCGACGUGGUGAACGGUCAGGGCAACUUCAAAAACUCGCAUCCCAACUACGCCAACGGCCAAAAUGGCUACCAGUACGAGCAACAGCAGCACGUGUCUGAGGAGGAAAGCAAGGGCUUCUGGUCCAAGUUGUGCUGCCAUUAA